CUCUCUCUCUCUCUCUCUCUCUCUCUCUCUAGGUAGCUACUAGCAGCUGCAACCAGCAAUCCCAGCCUUCUCUCUCUAUAAUAGUUCCCCAUCUCCCUCCCAUCCACACCUCUUCCCCUUCUUCUAUCUUCAGCUCCACUCCAGCACCAGCCCAACCCUCCACCUCCACUCCACCAUGGGAGACCCCUACACCAAUUUUCUCAGAGGCUACUACUCCCACUUCCCUCCCUCCAACGCUCCCCCGGUCACCUCCUUCCCCAGCAGCUACGCCUCCUCCUACCUCCACCACCCGCCUCCCCCGCCGUCCCCUCCCAUCAGGGAAGCCCUCCCCCUCCUCAGCAACCUCACGCCGUCGUCGUCGUCAGCAACCAACCACCACCACCACCACGGCGGCGGCGACGUCCAGGAUCACAAGGACUGCUGCAAGCGCGCCACCUCGUGCAGCGACGACCAAGAGGCGGCCGAUCAGGCCGCCGCCGGGGAGGUCACGGUGGCCUUGCACAUCGGCCUGCCCAGCCCCAGCCCCUCCGAUUCGGCGGCGGACGGUGGCGACAGCCAGGAGCCAGCUGCAGCGGAAGGGAGGAGCCAGCUGCAGCAGCAAGAAGGAGGAGGAGGAGAAGAAGAAGAGGAGGAGGAAGGGGAGGAGGACGCCGCCAUGGCGGUGGGCUGCGCGUCCAUCGGGAUCGGGAGGCUGACGAAAGGGCAGUACUGGAUCCCCACCCCGUCGCAGAUCCUCAUUGGGCCCACCCAGUUCUCCUGCCCCGUCUGCUACAAGACCUUCAACCGAUACAACAACAUGCAGAUGCACAUGUGGGGCCACGGGUCGCAGUACCGCAAGGGCCCGGAGUCGCUGCGGGGCACGCAGCCGACGGCGAUGCUGCGGCUGCCGUGCUACUGCUGCGCGGCGGGGUGCCGGAACAACAUCGACCACCCGCGGGCGCGGCCGCUCAAGGACUUCCGCACGCUGCAGACGCACUACCGCCGGAAGCACGGCAUCAAGCCCUUCAUGUGCCGCAAGUGCGGCAAGGCCUUCGCCGUGCGCGGCGACUGGCGCACCCACGAGAAGAACUGCGGCAAGCUCUGGUACUGCGCCUGCGGCUCCGACUUCAAGCACAAGCGCUCCCUCAAGGACCACAUCCGCGCCUUCGGCAGGGGACACGCCGCCUGCGGCAUCGACUGCUUCGACGACCUCGACGACGACGACCGCGACCCGUCCUCCGAGGUCGACCACGCCGCGGCGGCGGCCGCCAACAAUACCACUACUACUACAUCGUCCGCCGCCGCCGCCAAUGCUCAAGCUCAACAUCAUCACCACCACAGCGUGUGGAAGCCGCCGCCGCCGCCGCCACUGUCGUCGUCGAGCAGAGGCUCCGGCGACCCACUGCUAUAGAUCAACCAUGCACCAGGGUGAGUACGUACGGUACGCGGUACUACAGCAUGCAAUCUGUAGCAAGCCAAAUGCAAACGUAUUUAUACUUGUGCGUGUGUUGUGUGUGAAACCAUGCAUCAUCCAUGUGAGUCUUGAGGUGUUGCCGAAGAGAUCGAUUCGAGAGCUGAUGAUCGAUUUAGUGCAAGAUAUAUACUACUACUCCGUAGCACGUACGCAGGGGUUCCAUUAAUCGAUGAACGAACGUAUACAUAAGCAUGCAGGAAGGGUUUGUUGUGUAUGCAUGGUCAAUACUAUAAAGGAUCUAAUUGUACGACGUCUGAUGAGUAGCCCGUAGCCUAGCUAGCUAGCUUCAUUGUAUGUGUGUAGACUCUUUGAUCCAUCUCUGGUAUAUAUAUGGUGAACGGUGCACAUAUACAGAUUGUUAAUGUUAACUUGAGAAAAUAAUCGUGCAGUGCAUCAUGCAUAUGCAUGCAAGUUGUGAAGAUAUAUACACUGUACAUAUUAAUCUUACAGACUCUGUACCUUUUUUUUAUGUGGUUAGGGUUUGUGAUUUUUCUUGUUUUGUGUUGUUAGCAUGCUAAUUUAUUCUUUUUAAAGAGUGUUGUAUGAUGGUUUGAUAAUGAUGAUUGGGGAUAAUACAUUUUGGGUUCUGGAAUA